CGAACGUUGACUGGCAAUAACAGUGACCACGAAAUAGACAUCAGCAAUGCCUGUGCAAGGAAUCAAGACGGUCACCGCUGCCAGAAAUGGCGUGGGCGCCUUUAUCCUGCAAUGCAAGCGUUUGGAUUUCCACUACUGCGACUGGGCAGGUAGCUCAAGGGGCAUGGUUGCCUUCUUGAAACACGCUCUUCCGUCCUUCGCAAAAGCAAACCCCCAGAUCGAACUCCGAGUAUCUCCCCGACCACACAAGCACCCUAUGAUCAAGGGACACUAUAUCAAUGGAAAGGAAAAGGCAGUUUGCGUCCGGAACCUCGAGCCCGAACAAAUAUUCAAGAAGGCGAAUCUGCUUAAAGAGGCCAGUGGAGAGAAGCUGAAGCGCACCAAGAAGCCCGUCACGAGUAUCAACGAGAGCGUCAGAGGUAUCUGGUCCCCAUACCACGGCGACAUCAAGUCUGUGUAAAGACUGUUAUUAUAUAUGGGGCUAUUGCAAUGGUGUUGCAUUCGGGAUUUUGGACGCUGAAACCUUUUCAGCAUCUAAUGUAUUAUUGACAUGGUCGUUUAUCUUUUCAUCUUUCUGGGGAACCCAAAGUUUUUGCCGUUCAGGGAUUUGCAUUUACAUGUACAAAGGAAUCAAUUUCAAAGCUACAAGCAGUGGGUAUUAUAGCCCACUAAGAAACUUCAAUGCAUAUUCAGGAGUAAAAUGUAUGAUAAGAGUCAAAUAGAUAUAAAAUCUCAUACAGAUAAAUAAUGCCCUGUCAAAAUCAAUGCCAUCCGGGUAUCGAGUUAAUACAACAUAAAGCAACCAAAAAAAAAAAAAAA